AUGCCCCAAGACAUGGAGGAUAACGGGGCAGACGUCUCAGAUCCCGUAUCCGAGAACGAGGAAGACUCGGAGACUCUGCUGAAAGACGAAGACGAGAGAAUGGCCGACCCAAUGGCGGCCAAUGGUUCUUACGAAGAUAAGAAGAAGUAUGAUCCCAAGGAUCCUUUGCGGCCGAGGCGGAAAAAAGCAAGGAGGGCAUGCUUUGCUUGCCAGAGGGCACAUCUGACAUGCGGAGACGAGAGGCCGUGUAAGCGGUGCAUCAAGCGUGGUCUUGCCGAUGCUUGCCAGGAUGGCGUGCGUAAAAAGGCCAAAUAUCUGCACGAUGCCCCUCCAGAGGCCCUUCGACCCGUUCUCGGCCCCAACUUCAGCCCUCCUCCUUCUGCAAAGGCCAACGGACACCGCCAUGAUUCUAUUCACUCCGACAACAACGUUCUUGGCACGGUUACGGGCGACGGCUUUCUAUCGCAAGGCAGUGCCACGUUCCCGGUCUAUCCAAGCGUCAGCCAGCCGCAGGUAGCCAUCCCUGAAGCCAUCCACCUCAACCCGCAGGCAUCACCCAUAUCGCCAUCUUUCCACAGCGCCUCCGCGGCGGGCCAAGCUCACAUGGGCGGCAUGCUCCAAGGAAACACCAUGGACUUUAAUGCUCUGUUCGACCCCAGCAACCCCGCGCUCUACAACUUUGAUCUCGAAGGCCUGAAUUUUGGCAGUCAAUAUGCCGGAUGGGAGUUUGGCAUUCUCAACAAGAUGGGCCUCGGAGCGGAGACACCUCCUCGGGAAAACUCCAUCUCGCAAACGCCAAAGACUGAGGCCAGUUAUGCAGCCAUGUUUGGCAACGGAAGUGGAUCGUAUGACGGCGCCAUGGUGGGCGACUAUGCCGGCAUGGAUCUCGGCGGCUCGAAUAUAUAUACCCAAGGCAAUCUUCAGCACGGCCUUCCCCACGCAUUUGCCAUUGCCGCCGGGCCCAACAGCUUGGCCAGCCCCAGCACCGACGCAACUGCCAGUCCGCAGGCCAUCAUGGAUGGUUCCCCGAACCCGGCGGCUGGCGGAUUCCCUGGCUUGCCAAACAUGACCGGGGCUUCUCGCCUCAAGCCGAAGCAGGACAAGAUGGUACAGUCGAUCCUCGGCAAGAGGCAACGGGACUCUGCAUCCAUCUACGCAAGCGUCAAGGAACCCUAUCCUUAUGUUGCUGGAUUCCACAACAUGAUAUCCGUCCUACGCAACAGACUACCGCUGAGCAAGCUGUGGAAGAUUGCUCAGUCGCUGGGAGAGAUUCGGCCGUCGUUCAUCUCCUGCACCAAGGACCUGACGCGCGAAGAUCUCAUCUUUAUGGAGAAAUGCUUCCAGCGGACCCUUGUUGAGUUUGACGACUUUCUGCAGCACUGCUGCGCGCCAACCAUUGUAUGUCGACGCUCCGGAGAGGUGGCAGCCGUAAACAAGGAGUUUGCGGCGUUGACGGGCUGGCCCAAGGACGUGCUCCUGGGCAAGGCGCCCAACCGCAACAUCUAUACUCGAUCCUCAGACGAGGGCACGGACGAUGGCGAUAGCUUAACUUCAUCUGGCCAAGUGACGCCUGCCAAGAACCAGCCGAUGCAGACCAACAACAACAAUAACAACAACAGCAACAACAACGGACGGCCACAACCAGUCUUCUUGGGCGAGCUGCUUGAUGACGACAGCCUUGUCGAAUUCUAUCGCGACUUUGCCCAGCUUGCGUUUGAAGAUAGCCGAGGCAAGGUGCAGCGCAGCGGCCGGCUGAUGAAGUAUCGCACGCAGGAGAUGCUGGAUGCCAAGGAGAUGCUGGGGCCUCAGAGACACCCGAGGACGGGCAUCCUGAGCAGUCGCGUCACCAUGAUUGACAGUGAGCACGGCAUUUCGCGCAUCGAAAAGGACGGCAAGGUGGACUGUACGUACUGCUGGACGAUUAAGCGGGACGUCUUUGACAUUCCCAUGAUGAUAAUCAUUAAUUUCUUGCCCCGAUAUCACCCCAACCAGGAGCCACAUCAGCUCGCUGUAUGA